AUGGCACCUGAAUGUGAAACGGUGCUCGACUUUGAUCUCGAGAAUGAACAGUAUGAUUCCGCAGAAGAUGAAGAUUUCCAACUCGACGCCGCCCAAGAUGAUGAUGUUACUUCUUCCGAUAGCGAUAAUGAAACCGUGGGACCAGCGAACAAGAAGCGCAAACGUGGAAAAAAGGAGACGGAGCUGCAAGACGAUGAACUAGGCUCUGGUGAUGAAGCGAUGAUCCAAAAGGCGAAAGCAAGGAAAGAGAGAAAAAGGAAAGGGAAGAAAUCGAAUGACAACGAUACCGCUCAAGAUGACGACGAUAUUGACUUUGACGAUGAUGAUGACGAGGGUGGUCCUGGAGGAUUUGUUCGGACACGAGCUAUGAAGUUGCGAGCACAGGAGGAGCGAAAACCUCUUGCCAAAAUCGACGGGGCAACAGUCGAUGUUGAUGCAUUAUGGGCAAGGAUGAAUGCGCCCGAUACAGACUUUGGACUAUACCCUUCGCGGAACGACACGAAAGAGGAUCUUCUGGUGAACGGAGAAAAGAAGGAUACAGAGAUGCAAGAUACACCCUCGGCAGAGCCAGAGGGGAAGCAAAAUCGAACCAAGUAUCCGGAAGAUAUGGUCAAAAUAAAACGUACCUACAAGUUUGCGGGCGAAACGAUCACCGAGGAGAAGGUCGUCCCCAAGGAUUCGGCAGAGGCCAAAAUUUAUUUGUCAAACGGGAACGAUGCGGAGACCGUGACUGCUGAAGAAAUGGAGAAUCUACAUGCUAAAACCGCUUUUAAGCUUCGCAGACCUCUUCGCAAGAUUUCGCGCUUUGACCCUAACCCGACUGGAAGCAUCAAGAAGAGCUGGGAGAAGCAACCAGCUGCAGAAACAUCCGUCUCAGAGGAGAAUGCCGGUGGUCCCAAAAUUAAUACUGUCGAGAAGUCAAGACUGGAUUGGGCUGCGUACGUGGACAAAGCCGGUAUCAAAGAUGAGCUUAAUGUACACAGCAAAGCCAAAGAAGGUUUCCUUGGACGUAUGGAUUUUCUGGAUCGUGUGGGUGCCAAAAAAGACGAAGAAAGGAGAAACGCUCGCUUGAGAGGGAUGUGA